CUGCCAUAAACAGUGUAAACAAGGGUCGAGAGCAGGCGUACAGUAACAGCCAGGGGUGGUGUGUGAACUGCGAACUGUUUGUACACUAACCGCAUGUUUCAUCCAGGCCAACAGCGCGAUUAUUUUUUAGCCAUAUUUUCAUUUUUGUCCAUGUUGGCUCGAGCAGGAUGUCUUCCCAGGGUGGCAUGGACCGGCUGCCGAAGAAUGGGGAAUUUCACAUCCUCUCCGUCUCUGUCCAGCACAUCCUGUGUUCAGUAUGUUAAGGAGAUGGUGUCGCAGAACUGUGUUGUGAUAUUUUCCAAGACCACCUGUCCUUAUUGCAAAAUGGCCAAGAAUGUGUUCAAUGAAAUUGGUGCGACCUACAAAGUGGUCGAACUGGAUGAGCACAACGAUGGGAGGAGAGUGCAAGAGGCCUUAGCUCAGAUCACCGGUGCCAGAACGGUGCCGAGAGUCUUCAUUAAUGGCAAAUGCAUCGGGGGUGGCUCGGACACCAAACAACUCCAUCAGCAGGGAAAGCUGCUGCCCCUGAUCGAACAGUGUGCUUCCUGCUGUGCUGCCAGCAGCUCUGACGGAUCGGGCAGCGGACAGUUUGAGUCCGCCAAAUGACUAACCGUUCUUGUAGUUUUUUUUCAAUCCUGUAUUCAUGAAAUGUUUGCUUGAUCUCGUGCUACAAGUCCAACAUUGCUUGAGCAUGUUAUUUAUUUGUCAAAGUGCAUUUGAUACUUGAUGUUAGGCUACAUACAUUAUCAUGCAGGGCUGUACAGUAUUCUUAUUAAAGCUGCCAUCUUUUAAACAACACCUGUGGAACUACUUCUCAUCUGCAUGGUGGUUUUAUUGAACAAUAUUACAUUUUAUUUAAACAAACAUGAUCACUCUCGGCAUGAAACAGCAUCAAACUGUGAACAUUGUGAAGUAUUGUCAGUGGGACUCAUUCUUGCAAGAUUAAAUAAACUGAUUUUUUUGUAUGAUUAGCACAUUUAUGUAAACAUUACAUAGUAUUGAGAUGUGUUCAACAUUUGCAUAAAACGACAAUAUUUUUCUUUGAAAAAUUCUCGUUUUUUAAGCCAUUGAAAUGUCUUUUUUUUCCUGUGAUUUUAACAAAGUCUGUUUGUGAGAAUAACCUAAACAAUUCUGAUGCUGGUCAGUGUUAUGAAUGUAAAGAUCAAUGAGGGGUGUAUAACAAACACUCAAAUGUUUUCUUAUUGCCAAGAAUCUUUUUUUUAUUAAUAAAUAUGAAUGAAAAUC